AUGGCAGCGGCAUUAGUGGAGAGGUGGGCGGGGCUCGGAUCGGCGGUGGCGACCGUCAUCUUCCUCUGGUCCGUGGUGCAGAACUACGUGCCCCCCACCUUCCGCCUCUACCUCACCACCUGGGCCACCAAGCUCGCAGCCUGCUUCAACCCCUACCUCCAAAUCACCAUCUCCGAGUAUGGCGCCGAGCGUUUCCAGCGCAGCGACUUCUUCCUCGCCGUCGAGGCCUACCUCAGCGAUGCGUGCGCCUGCCGCGCGCGCAAGCUCAAGGCCGAGCUCGGCAAGGACAGCAAGAACCUCCUGGUCUCCGUGGACGACCAUGAAGAGGUCACUGACGACUUCUCUGGGAUCACCAUCUGGUGGUACGCCUCCAAGAGGCAGUCCAAGGCCAACGUCAUCAGCUUAUACCCCGGCGGGGACGAGAAGCGCUUCUACCGGGUCGUCUUCCAUCGGCAGCAUCGCGACCUUGUCGUUGACUCCUACCUUCCUUUCAUCCUCGGCGAGGGCCGCGCUGUCACUGUCAAGAACCGCCAACGCCGCCUCUUCACCAACAGUGCUAGCGGCAGCUGGAACCCCUACCGGGGCAAAAGCGUCUGGAGCCACGUCCCCUUCGAGCACCCCGCCACCUUUGACACGCUCGCCAUGCACCCCGAUGAGAAGGAAGCCGUCAUCGACGACCUCAUGGCGUUCCAGGAGAGCAAGGAAUACUAUGCCAAGGUCGGCAAGGCAUGGAAGCGUGGGUACCUCCUUUACGGACCGCCCGGCACCGGCAAGUCCACCAUGAUCGCAGCCAUGGCGAACUUCCUCGACUACGACGUCUACGACCUUGAGCUCACGGCGGUCAAGAACAACACCGAGUUACGGAAGCUCUUCAUCGAGACAACGGGCAAGUCCAUCAUCGUCAUAGAGGACAUCGACUGCUCCGUCGACUUCACAGGAAAACGCCGCAAGGACAAGAAGGCCUCAAGCGACAAGGACUCCGACAACGAUGACAAGCCGAAGCUACCGAUAGAGCCAGAGAAGGACGAUGCCACCAAGGUGACGCUCUCGGGCCUGCUUAACUUCAUCGACGGGCUGUGGUCUGCUUGCGGAGGUGAGCGGAUCAUCAUCUUCACCACCAACCACAAGGAGAAGCUGGACCCGGCGCUGAUCCGGCGGGGUAGGAUGGACAAGCACAUCGAGAUGUCCUACUGCCGUUUUGAGGGCUUCAAGGUGCUCGCCAAGAACUACCUAGAUGUCAUUGAGCAUGAGCUGUUUGGGGAAGUUCAGCGCCUGCUCGAGGAGACCGACAUGUCGCCCGCUGACGUUGCAGAGAACCUGAUGCCCAUGUCGAAGAAGAAAAAGAGGGACCCGGAUGUGUGCUUGAUAGGCCUAAUCGAGGCGCUCAAGCAGGCCAAGGAGGAAGCGGCGGCGGCGGCGGCAACCAAGGUGAAGGAGGCAGAGGAGGCCAAGGAGGCCGCAACAAAGAAAGCCAAGGAGAAAGAGGAGGCAGAGGUGAAGAAAGCCAAGGAGGAAGACAAAGGGAAGGACAAAGCACCGGAGGAAGCCAAUGGAAAUAUCAACGAGUGA